GAAUCGUUUGGGAACUUAAAAGUCAUUGAUUUAGGGUUUCACGAAUCUGAAAUCGUUUCUUCUUUUUGUGUGGUGAAGGUAACUUUGAAGUUUCCAAAGCAAUGGCGGGGUCACAAGUUAAGCUGGAAAAGAUGAAACUCCGUCAGGAUUACCGGAAUUUAUGGCACUCCGAUCUCAUGGGCACCGUCACCGCCGACACUCCCUAUUGCUGCAUCUCGUGUCUGUGUGGACCUUGUGUUUCAUAUAUGCUUCGGAGAAGAGCACUUUACAAUGACAUGUCAAGGUAUACUUGCUGUGCUGGUUAUAUGCCUUGUAGUGGGAGAUGUGGAGAAAGCAAAUGUCCUCAACUUUGCCUUGCCACCGAGGUUUUCCUCUGCUUCGGAAACUCCGUGGCCUCUACCCGCUUUCUUCUGCAGGAUGAAUUCAACAUCCAGACUACACAAUGCGACAAUUGCAUAAUUGGAUUUAUGUUCUGCCUCAGCCAAGUUGCUUGCAUAUUCUCUAUAGUUGCUUGCAUUGUUGGUAGCGAUGAACUUUCUGAGGCUUCUCAGAUACUCUCUUGCUGUGCUGAUAUGGUCUACUGCACGGUUUGUGCGUGUAUGCAGACACAACACAAGCUUGAGAUGGACAAAAGAGAUGGAGUGUUUGGAUCUCAACCAAUGGGCGUGCCACCAGCUCAGCAGAUGUCCCGUUUUGAUCAACCUGUCCCUCCAGCUGGAUACCCUCAGUCCUAUCCACCGCCUGCUCAAGGCUAUCCUCCUGCAUCUUACCCUCCUCCUGGUUAUCCCCAACAUUGAGAAUCUUAACCGCUAUCUUCAUUUUCUGUGUGAAAGUGUUGUUUUAACUCGGUUUAGAUGUGCAGAACUUUAAUAUUUUUCAGCUAUCUUCGUUGGUUAUGCGAUUGUUUUACAAGGAUUGGUACUCUUAUU